CCCAAAACGCGCUUUUCCUCCUAAAAAAAUACUUUGAAUGCCGACAAAUCAAAUUAAUCCUACAAUUGAAGAGUCGUUAAAAAAAUACGGAAUUUAUACGGAAAUUCACAAUAGUGUUAACCAUUUAUUUCGUGCUUUUUAUCGUUCUGCGAGGAGACAGUGGAAUGGUUCGCGUUAUCUUCCGUGUCGUUUCCAGCUCAGCAUGGGAACUGCGGUGUCCAAAAGGAAGAAUAUGAGGAACGACGCGAUAUCUUCUGUAGCCGCAAAAGUUAGAGCAGCACGUGCAUUCGGAGAUUACCUUCCCCACAAUAACCAGGAGAACCACAACGGAGAAGAUCAUCUGUUGUCUGACACCUUCCUAGGCCACAACGUCAACGGCUCCGGCGACACCAACCGUCUGCAGACCCCCACCCUGCCGCCACCGGCAGGCCCCUGGCGCACACCCGGCGCGAAGCCCACCACCAAACCUCCCCAGCUAACCGUCCAGCCGCCCCAGGGACCCCAGUACCUCCCCGCCCCCCAGGACGACCCCUCCCAGCCCAGCCAGGCCAGCACCCCGAAGCCCCUCGGCCCCCAGGGCCCGUCCAAGCGCCGUCUCACCUCAGACCGCAGCCUCUCCACGGAGGAACCCCCGCCGGGCGCCGGCCUGACCUCGAAGCCCCCCAGGUGUGUGUACGCCGUCUCCAAGGAGCCCGGGGGAGCAGGGGCGAUGACUCUGGGCGGGGCCCGCGGCAGCGAGGAGAGCCUGGAGCUGGACGUCCUGCGGAGCUCCAAGGGGGAGGAGCACCACCACCACCACCCCCCUGCUCCACCCACCACCACCACCACCACCACCCCGCAGGGAUCCUCGUCCUCCCUCCCCCAGCCACCCCCGGGCGCCUCCGCGGCAGCCGCCUCCUCCCGGGGCCAUCACCGCGGCAACCACCACCGCAGCGCCGGCGGCCACCACCACUCCCACGGCCACCAGGGGGCCGGCGGGGCGGCCCAGCCCCCGCAGCCCCUGCGGAGCUCCGGGAGCGCCCACAACAUCGGCGACUGGCCGGGCAGGAGGGGGGGGGGGGGCUCCCGGGAGGACUGCCGGCCCGACUGCGCGGCCUGCGCGCGGCCGCCGUGCCGCAGCCAGCGCUCCCUGGACCUGGACACGUCGCCCCGGGACGGCGGGAAGCACCGCAAGAAGCUGGAGCGCAUGCACAGCGAGGACAAGACGUCCACCGACGACAGGGAUGACACUUCUAACAGCUGGUUCCCCAAAGAGAACAUGUUCAGCUUCCAGACGGCCAGUACUACCAUGCAGGCAAUAUCGGCGUUCCGGGGCAUCGGCGAGAAAAAGAGGCGCAAAGGAGACCAAGAAACAGCUUCCCAGACAGAGAGAAACUUCCGGAAGCACCUGAGGAUGGUCGGAAGCCGUCGUGUGAAAGUCCAAACCUUUGCAGAACGCCGCGCUAAGAGCUUCAGCCGAUCCUGGAGCGACCCCACCCCUGUCAAGCCAGACUCCCUGCACGACUCCAGGGACAGUGGGGACCUGCGUGAGUCUACAGGGACCCUUGAUGAAGGGCUGAGUGAGGAUGCUGAUUGGGAGGAGGAGAGGGAGGCCGAGAAAGUAGCCUGCGAAGGAGAUGACUUUAUCCCGCCGAAGAUCAUGCUGGUCUCCUCCAAGGUGCCCAAGGCAGAGUACGUCCCCAACAUCAUUCGUCGGGAGGAUCCUUCCGUCAUCCCCAUCCUCUACGAUCACGAACACGCCACGUUUGAUGACAUCAUCGAGGAGAUAGAGAAGAAACUGACAGCAUACAGGAAGGGCUGCAAAAUCUGGAACAUGCUCAUUUUCUGCCAGGGGGGACCUGGACACCUCUACCUGCUCAAGAACAAGGUGGCCACCUUCGCCAAGGUGGAGAAGGAGGACGACAUGAUCCAGUUCUGGUUGAAGCUGAGUCGUCUGAUGAGUAAGCUGAAUCCCGACCCCAACCAGAUCCACAUCAUGGGCUGCUAUGUCCUGGGAAGCGCCAACGGAGAGAAGCUGAUUGAGAACCUGAAGGCACUAAUGAGGCCCUACUCUGUGGAGUUUAAAUCUCCUCUAGAGUUGUCGGCUCAGGGUAAGGAGAUGAUAGAGAUGUACUUCGACUUCCGUCUCUUCAGGCUGUGGAAGAGCCGACAGCACUCCAAGAUGCUCGACUAUGACGACCUGCUGUGACCUCCGACUAGCCCCUCCCAACGCCCCCCCCGCCGGGGGGCCCUGGUUGUA